AUUACGGUGAAAAAUAACUUACUGUUUCCCGAGAAAAGUCUAUCGCUAGAGAAGUACAACAUUUAUACCGUACCGAACGUCGAUAUAAACGAGUUAACAUCGAAAGGGUUAACGUUUAACAUUACGCUUAAUGAUGGGACAAACGUACCUGGUUGUUUACCCAAUUAUGAAUAUUCCCUUCAAUUAAGUCCUGGGUUCCAGAAAAGUGGCCUUUUAUUUAUAAUCGAGAGUGUUUGCGACCCGAAAAACAUGCUAAAAGUACUUGAAUUCAAUGCGGACACUGACCUACUCGCUAAACCGGAAGGUGGCGGCGCUUUAGCCGCCGUUGUCUACAAUAUACGUGACUCAGUCCCUAAACCGACCUUAAAUAUCAAGAAUGACGCAUACAUUACAUUCAAGUUUAAAAACAGUGAGUUUACAGAAUAUUUUAAUUCUACCCCCGAUUUUGGUCACCCUAUUGUCACCGGCGAUACUAAACGCUAUGAGGGUUACGUGUCGUACAAAAAGGAGCUUAAUGUUCAUAAAGGCGGUGAAUAUGAAUUAUUAUUGCUCGAUGAUGGUGAGAAAAGCACCGGUUACCAGGCAAUUAAGGGUAUGGAUUUUCUUCAGGGUGGAGCCUAUGUGUCAAUUGUUUAUACGGAUGAAAAUGGUAAAUUGGCGGGUGUAACUCAUAAUUUAGUCGAGGCUAACUCAUUAUCGGUAUAUUUACAAAUUGUACAAUACGCUAUGUUAACAGCCGGUGAAAUUAUGUUCUCGAUUACC